AUGCAGGUUAUUGAGCAUCCAGUUGAGAGACUGCGGACUGCUCUCCUGUCCACCAUAAAGAUAUACCAGCAAUUCAGCAGAGCGGAGAAGAAGCUUUUAGAAGAAGUACUCCUACUUGACAUUUCACUUUUCAGUCCCAUCACCAUUCACUCUUUCUCUGACUGGAUUCCCUUCCAACCAGAGGAUCCUCAAGACUUUCAGAGUUUUUACAGCAACCCAUACCACAAUUACCCAAACAGUGGACAUAAGACCAUCUAUAUUCAAACUAUUGGAGAUCUGAUGCACUUCUUGGAAAAGAGGAAACCUAAAGAUGCUUUUUGCAUAGUGGGGAUCACCAUGAUUGACUUGUACCCAGAAGUCUCAUGGAAUUUUGUAUUUGGCAAAGCUUCCUUCACUAAAGGUGUGGGAGUGUUCAGCUUUGCCUGAUACGAUGAUCACUUUUAUGAGAGAAGCUUUGUGGGAUGGUUGAAGAUAGUAAAGCAGAUGCAAGGAGAUUAUUCUGUGUUCCAGAAUUACUACACACCCCCAGUCACCAGUAUUCUCCUCCUCUGUUCCUGCAUGAUAGGACAUUUAUUUGGUGUGGAGCACUGCCAGUGGUUACAGUGUGUUAUGCAGGGCUCCAAUCACUUAGAGGAGUCUGACUGUCAGCCGUUUGACCUCUGCCCCAUCUGUUUGUGAAAACUACAGUCUGCCAUUGGAUUCAAAAUAGAUGAUAGAUACAAGCACUGGGCAACACUCAGCCAACCCACGCAAGCUUUCCAAGAGUCUAGACAUUGGUUGUAUAAGUGCUUAAGUAUACUGGAGGAUGAAACAUUGUGA